AACAACUACUAUGGAGCACGUGCUUUUAAAUUUUAAAUUAAAAUUUGUGACUAAUAACUUUAAGUGUUUACACUUUACAAUAAAUGCAGAUAGAUGAAUGACGUUUUUAGUAUUCUAUAUAUUAUUUAAUUUAAUAUUUUGAAUUUCAGUUUUGUGUUUUAGUUUUUAUACUUUGAUAAUAUGGCUGUCCAGAGAAAAAAAACUGAUCUAGGUUCACAGAUCCAAAUCAAAUUUAUUACCAAACAAGAAAAAUAUGCUGUGCCAGAUUAUCCUUUUGCUGUCGAUUCCAAAAUUCAAUGUGAAAAUUUAAAUAACCUCGUCAACGAAUUACUUAAAGAAAAAUUAUCUGAUGACAAUGGAGCAUGUAAAAAGGUGGAUUUUGAUUUUUUGGUCAAUGAUGAAUUGUUACGUUCUCCUUUGGAUGUACAUUUGUCUCAAAAGAAUGUAUCCAGUGAAAGUACUGUGGUCGUUGAAUAUAUGGAAGCUACUCCAUCUCCAGAACCACUGGAUUGUCUUAUACAUGACGACUGGGUAUCUGCCAUACAUUUUAAAAGUCCUUGGAUAUUAACAGGGUGUUAUGAUAACUCUGUUCAUAUAUGGAACAGUAAAGGUAAACACAAGAUUGGUAUUGCUGGACAUACAGGUCCUGUGAAAGCUGUACAAUGGGUGUCGAUUUCAGAAGACUCUGCUGUAUUUGUUAGUGGCUCUCAAGAUCAAUCAAUUAGAGUGUGGGACUGGGAUAUUAAAAAAGGAACUACUAGUUGCCUACAAAUCGGGCGCGGACAUGAGAGAGCUGUUGAGUGUAUAAGUGUAAGUCCAGAUUCUACAAGAUUUGCUACAGGUGGAUGGGAUGCUUUGCUGAAAAUUUGGUCUUCAGAUCCCAACUACGAGCCUGCUGAUGUACCCACUAAGAAAAAGAAAUCUGAAACGAAAGUUAUGCCUCCGAUUAUGACGUUAAAAGGUCACAAAGAAAACAUUUCAUCCGUCCAUUUUAUAAAUAAUUCAGAUUUAUUAACCGCGUCUUGGGAUCACACUAUAAAGCAUUGGGAUGGUGAGCUGGGUGGUCUUAAGUCUGAAAUUGUUGGUAAUAAAUCUUUCUUUGAUCACGAUUAUUCCCAAUUAACUGGAUCAGUUAUUACGUGUUCAUCUGACAGACAUAUACGCUUAUACGAUCUCAGAUCUAAAGAGGGUUCAUUGGUAAAAGGCACUUAUUCAUCGCAUAAGCAAUGGGUGACCACUGUUAGAUGGUCAAAAACAGAUGAAUACCAAUUUGUUUCUGGUGGAUAUGAUAACCAAAUGAAAAUGUGGGAUACAAGAAGUCCUAAAGUUCCAUUAUUUGAGUUGACUGGCCACGAAGAAAAAGUUUUGUGUAGUGAUUGGUCAAAUAAUAAAUUAAUACUAUCUGGAGGGGCAGAUAAUACUGUAAGAAUUUUUAAAAAUAAAAAAGUAGUAAGCGAUUAAU